AUGGCAUCUCCUAGCUAUACCUUGGUUCCUAAUCAAAAAUAUCGACGUAGUUAUCGUCACUCCAGCAAAUUUAGCAACACCCUGCAAACAGAUUCUGCAUCUCUCUCCACACUUGGAAAUUUCAAAGACCUACCUUUAGAAAUAUUUCAAAUGGUUUUAGGAUAUCUUUCAGUGAAGGAUAUCAGCAUGAUGAGCAUGGUAUCAAAGACUAUCAGCAACCGUCUUAUUAAUUACAUCUCAACUCCUUGUGGGAAUAGAAGAUUUUUGCCACAGGAUUUUCAUAACCAUGAGCUAUCUGGCUGUAGAAAAGGAUCCUCCAUUCUAGAACACUACAGAUCCUUAGGCUUGUUGUUAAAAAGGUGCACUUUACUGCUCCCUACAAAAGAGAGACUGAAGUACAUACACAAAAUACUUUCAGAAAUUUCCUGUUUCAAAUUCAGUGGCUGCUCAGAUCCUUUGCACUGUUUGGGACUACAAUGUUAUGGAGUAUUUUUACAGACCUUAACAGCCGGUUGGGAUGAAUUUGAAUGUCAUCGGGUUUACAAUUUUCUCUGUGAGUUCAGCAAUUUACCUCGGAGAAUACAGACAAUUGUCAGCAGCAAGCCUGGAAGUGCCCGAAAACUGGAAUUGAGGAUAAGGACAUUUUGCCGCAGUGUACUUUUAAACCAUUGGAUCCAUCGGAGUGAUUCAGCAUUUUGGUUGACCCGUAUUUUGAAGCCAUGGCCAAUGGUAAAUCAAGCUCGGCUACUAUAUAUAAUAUUUGGGCCUGCAUCUACGCUGGAUGGGCAUGUUGUCUGGCAGAAAAUGAUUCAAGGUCCAACAGAUGAAACUAGUUUGAAAGGGCUGGCAGAUGCUAUUAAACUAUUAUAUGACACAGAAGCAAAGGAGUGGACAGCAGAUGAUGUCAUCAGUCUGGUGGAUGAGCUUGCAGUAGUCCCUCAGGAAUGGCUUCUUGAAAACAGCGCUCGACUUCUUAUUUUGUGCGGAAACAAUAUCUGCUUCACGUUUAUGGCUAGUAAAGCUGUGAAUGGCCGAGCUAUGGAACUGGCAAGGCUGGUGGUGUUCCUGGCUUUGGUGUGCGAGAAGGAUCUCUAUUGCAUGGACUGGGCUGUAAAAAUGAUGCAGAAAGUCUGCAAGGUUUUCAGUACCCCAAGUGAAAGGAACAACUUUUUGCAGAGUGUGGAGAAUGCCUUUGCACAUAUUAUCAUGGAUGCACUGCAGUCAGUGAUAUCAGGAGAGCAUGAUGAAGAAGACAGCAGCUUUUUAAACCUGUUUCACCUGGUUAAUGCACAAGCAAAUUUUCAUAAAGAAAUCCUUUAUUUGACCAUGAGCUGCAACAUGUAA